CCUCAGUAGAGAGAGAGAGGAGUGAGAUAGGGGGAUAGAGAGAGGAGUGAGGAGAUAUAGAGAGAGAGAGAGAAGAGAGAAGAGAGAGAGAGAAUGGGGGCUUCUGCGACACUGAAGAAGGUGCAGAGGAAGUUCAAGCUGAGGAGUCUAACCCUAAACCGGGAAGCUCUCAAUGAGGUCACGACAUUCCUCACCAACUUCAGCGAAGAACAAGAAGAUGAAUAUCUAGACCUCCUUCUCAACCAGAUCGAGCAAACCACAUUGAAGAAGUCUGUUCUGGACAAGGAGGUGGUUCGUCCUAUUGUGGAAUUGUUAUUAGAGGCUGAUGCUGCAAUAGAUACAGGCAAAAGUUGCAGCAAUGAGGGGGCCCUGCGCAUAGUCGAUGCUUUUCUUGUGCCCAAGUUGUCUUAUGAUCCCAUCAAAAAAACUUUUUAUGAAUAUACAGGGAAUCUGCCUAUUCAUGGUGAUGCAUCUUCAAAAGUUGCUUUAUAUAGGGAGAGAUAUCAGCUGUUGAAUCAGAGGCUUUUACGCAAUAGUGAUUUUUCUAGGCCAGCUUUUGAUACAGAUAUAACCCGAUCAGGUGGUGAGUUGAUUCCCAUACAAGCAUUGAUUGGAUGCACCGGAAGGAGAUGGAUCAUGGGUGUAAUAUCUCAGAUGGAAGAUGGGCAUUUCUUCCUGGAGGAUCUAACUGCAGCAGUUGAAAUCGACUUAUCCAAUGCAAAGAUCACUACGGGAUUCUUUGUGGAGAACACUAUAAUUCUGGCUGAAGGUGAGCUGCAUCCAAAUGGGGUGUUUCAGGUCCAUACAUGCGGCUUUCCUCCCUUAGAGGACGGGAAUGCUUCUCUAGCUGUACAUACAGGACUAGAUUUCUUUGGGGCUGGGUAUCUUACACCUGAAGAAACUGCCAGACUUGUGGAGUUGGAGAAAAAAGCAGUGAAUGAUAUGUUUGUCAUUCUCUCUGAUGUUUGGUUGGAUAACGAAGAGACCAUGGAAAAGCUAGCUGCUGUCUUAGACGGUUAUGAGAAUGUGGAGGUGGUGCCAUCUCUCUUCGUAUUUAUGGGGAACUUUUGCUCUCGUCCUUGUAACCUGGCCUUCAAUUCUUACUCUAGCCUAAGAUCGCAGUUUGCAAAGUUUGGAGAAAUGAUUGCGGCACACCCUCGGUUAAAAGAAGGAAGCCGGUUUUUGUUUAUCCCCGGUCCUGAAGAUGCAGGUCCAUCAACUGUUCUACCCAGGUGUGCUUUGCCUAAGUACCUGACGGAUGAGCUCCUAAACCAUGUCCCGAAUGCCAUUUUCUCAAGCAAUCCUUGCAGAAUAAGGUUCUACACCCAAGAGAUCGUGUUCUUCCGGCGAGAUCUACUCUACAGAAUGCGCAGAUCGUGCCUAAUUCCUCCUUCAAAAGAUGAGACAGAUGAUCCUUUUGGGCAUCUUGUUGCUACCAUUACUCACCAGAGUCAUCUUUGCCCACUGCCUCUCACUGUACAACCCAUCCUAUGGAACUAUGACCAUUGCUUGAGGUUGUACCCUGCUCCUCACACGAUUGUAUUAGCAGAUAAUUGCAAGCAACAGGUAUUCAAGCAAGAGAUACGUAAAAACAACAAGACCCUGCAGAUAAUUACUUGUUUUAACCCAGGCUCCUUCUCAUGUGAUUCUACAUUUGUGGCCUACCGCCCAUGCAAUCAGGAAGUUGAGCUAUCAGCACUGUAAAAGCCUGAAAAGAUCAUGGCACUAUGUACUCUUUCAUGAGUGAUCCUCAUCCAAUUGUGCAUGGUUUGGGUGUAAGUUACUGACUUAAAGAAGCAAGAAAUAACUUUGCAAUGGAAAAUCUCCAUAUUAUUUGAAGGUUAUGCAUACACUCCUCAGGAGAGAGAGAGAGCUUUGCAGUUUGCACCACUUCGGUUGUUAUUGUCUAUUAGCCUUUAAUUUUGUAAGUUUUUUUUUAAAUGUAAUUCUAUAUGUUUUUCUUUUACGGGGAAAUAGAUUAUAUAGUCUAUACUCUUGACUGAGUGGUUCAA